AUGAGUCGGAGGGGCUAUGCUCGUUUGGCUCACAUUAUGGAAAAGACAAGUCCGGUGGAUACAAAAAUUACGAGAUCGCAAGUUUGGAUUGAAGGUCACAAGAGAAAAAAUGGGGAGCCCAGUACUCAAGCCGUUGGAGAGAAAAUGAAAAAAAUAUUAGAAUGUCCACCCGAAUCUCAAAACACAACUAAUAUUGCUGAUGAUGCAAUUAGCAUUGUGUUUGGCAAUGAAGCUCGGGGUAGAGUGCGUGGAAUGGGCUUUGGAGUAACACCAUCGAAAGUUGGAGCUUCAGUGCAACAAAAUGGAAUGGUUCAACAACUUCAAACUAUAGUACAAAAUGUUCAACAACAAAUGCAGGAAAUGAGGCAACAAAAUCAACUAGAAAUGCAAGAAAUGAGGUCUAUGUUUUUACAAAGUAUGAGACAACAAAAUCAUCCAGAACAGAUUGCUAGUGGUGGUAUUUGUAGCGGUAUUGGGAAUGAAUUUGGUAGCAAUAGCGAUAUUAAUAUUGGUGCCAAAAAAAGUGAUGAUUUUGGUCAUGUUUUUCAGUCAAAUUCGAGAAAUGCGAGUCGUGGAGAUAUAUGUGUUAAUACUAAAUGUAAGCUGCUUCAUUGGUUUGCUGAUGAAUUAGUUGUUGCAGAAGGUCGAAUUGCAUCCACAGAUCCAAAUACAAAACAUGCAAUGCGCGCUGCGGAAAGCGAAUUUGCGCGCUGCGAAAAGUGA